UCCACUGGCUCCGGCAUAACUGAACACCAUUCCUCUACUAUUUUCCUACUUAUUCUGUUUUUGUUUUUUGUUUUUUCUUCCAAGCGCUCCUCAUUCCCGUUUUCUAAUCAUGUGGGACAUCUUCCGGGAGGACAUCAGUAACCCCUGUUGAGAGUUUGCAAGGAUAUCAAGCCCAUCCUGUGCGGAGUCUUUUGACUCCGCUGGCCCCCUAAAUGCCUUUCACUGAGAAAAGGCUUCGGACGUUCGGAGCUGUGAAUGUCUACAAGCAACAAAUCACUUGAUUAAGAUGGGGAAUAAGCAAACUAUAUUUACCGACGAGCAACUUGAUGCGUACCAGGACUGUACGUUUUUCACUCGCAAAGAAAUUUUGCGGUUGCACGGCAGGUACCAUGAGUUGGCUCCACAUCUUGUACCAAUGGACUACACCAAUGAUCCUGAUUGUAAACUGCCGUUAGCCUUGAUAGUCAACAUGCCAGAGUUAAAGGAAAACCCAUUCCGGAACAGGAUUGUGGAGUCCUUCUCAGAGGACGGGAUGGGGAAUCUCAGCUUCAAUGAAUUUGUGGAUAUGUUCUCAGUGCUCAGUGAAAUGGCUCCUAGAGAACUCAAGGCCAUAUAUGCCUUUAAAAUAUAUGAUUUCAACGUGGACAACUACCUGUGCAAAGAGGACCUAGAAAAGACUCUAAAUAAGCUGACAAAGGAGGAGCUGACUCCCGAAGAGGUCGAGCUGGUGUGCGAGAAGGCCAUCGAGGAGGCAGAUUUGGACGGUGACAACAAACUCUCCUUCGCCGACUUUGAAAAUAUGAUAACCAGGGCUCCGGAUUUUUUAAGUACCUUCCAUAUACGUAUCUAAGAGGGCUUGAUGGACAGUUUCUAAAGUGGACAGUGUGCUGAUCUCCAGGAUCGGACCUUCAGGCAGCGGCACGGUCGCUGGCUCACACUUUCAUCUUUUAAAAAGUUAUCCAGCUCCUUUUCCUGAUGUCCCUACCUCAGUGAAGUGUCCCAAGAUUGAGAACAAAUACAGGUUGUAUCCGGAUUGCCACUAAUAUUGUCACUGUAAAUCAAAAUGCAUUUUCCUUUUACUACCUAUGAAAGGGCUUGAGCUAAAUUGGAAAUACAGGGAUCCUUUGCACAGUUUAAAGUGGCAAUUUCGAAGAUUUGCGUCCUGUUUGGCAGCAUUUAUAGUUGCGUGUGGUAACAACGAACAUGGGUUAAUAGUACGGCUCACAGGAUUCUGAAUUGCGCUGCUAACACAACUCAACGGGCUGCAGUUUCACCGUGCAAGGAGUUCGUUAUGUUGCAGAGAAGCUGGAAGGGUGCAGCGUGUCACCUGCAGCUCCUCAUCUAACGGCUCACUGUGGCCGCUCCCUUUUGUUCCAUUACGUCAUGCGGCGUUUCCAACAGAUCUGCUGUCAGAAAAAAUGCCAAAGAUGGCAGUUGUCUUGUUUUAAAACCUCAGCGCUCUUGUUACAGGAUUUUAAUGCAGUUUCUUUUGUUAAAGUACCCAAAUAUAUGAAAUAUAGUCUUUCAUAUAUAGUGUGGUGGCCUCAUCUGACUAUGGACAGUGAGCUCUUAAGAAAAUCUUCAAGAUUGCUACUCUAAGGUUCAAAACUGGUAAAUGUCAGAAAUGAGCCAGACUCUGAAUAAUGAGCACAAAAAAAACAACAAAAAAAACAAUAACAACGAAAUAAAAAAAUAUAUAUAUACACCUUAUCUACCUAUAUUGCACAUGGGUCCAAGUUUUCCUAGAAUUUCAGUAUUUAUGAGACUAUGGACAACGCUUGAAGUGAAUGAAAGCACUGGCAUUAAGGGCAUACAGAUAUUCUAUGUGAGCUAUACAGUAUUUGUACAUGCAGUGUUUAGCUUGUGAUUCUGCUCCUAUUACUGGAACACGAUGACAAUCAUAUCUUACUGUUUUCCAGUUAGUCAAAGGGCUUUGUCAUCUGAACUCAUUUUGGUAGCUUUCAUCCUCUGCCUCAGCCAUUGUCAUGAGAUGUUAGUUACAGCCAUCUUUUGGAUAUAUAUUUUAUACUGUUCCAUUUGUGUCCAGAUGUUUCUUUGAAUAAAUGUUUUUCUCUGUGUGUUUUCUGA